UAAACACCCACGGUUACAUCCGCCCCCCUCUCACCCUUUCGGCUCGAAGCCCUAGUUUAUGUCUCUCCCCUCCCGGUUUCGCCCAAAGCCAUCGGCUUCCUGAACGAACCUUCACGAUACAAUCGCCAGCAUAGCUAGCUGGGAAGGCCACCGCGGCUUACAGAACCACCGAAACUCAUCCUCCGCUCCGCUCCGACCCCGACCAGAAACCAUUGAAGAAGUGCCUAUUAGCAUUUGUUCUAUUAAUUAUUGAGGCUGCAAUGCCAAACGCAAGCAAAGAGCUCUUGGAUCAUGUUGAGAGGCCUUCUCUGCUGGAUGACCUUCUUCUUUGCCGCAAGGAUCCUCCACCUCUGCCGGAACAUAAGCACCAAAACUACGUUAAACAAAAAGAAAGGCCAUUAAUUUCUCCACUUCCUAAAAGCCAAGUUAUUGGAAAAGUUGAGGAAUUUCUUGAAGUCAUGGCUAAAGCUAAUCAAGACCUGGAGCUGAGAGCACAGGAGAACCCUUCUUCAAAUUAUGAUAUAGAAGUGCUGAAUGAUGAUGAAGAUAAAUUUAUUCAGUUGGAUUUGCUUUUGGGCGUUGCGGAUCUUCGUAGCGAUGAAGCCGUCUCGGCGGCCGAAACGUCGAUGUGUGGUUUUCGGCCGUCGAUUUCGUCGACGAGCGCUGAUUCUUCCGACGGUGAUGAUAGUGAUGCUGAUGAAAACAGUUCGAGUUCUGAAUGUAAGAGUAGGUUUGUAAACGAAUUAUCGACGGAUGUUAGGCGAAACAAAAGGCCUAAGGUUGUUAUGCUUGACUAGAAGUGAUUUAUUUUUGGGAAAUUUACAUAUUUACCUUACAACUCUUAUGUAUUUACAUAUCCGACACUCAAAAUUUGAUAUUUACGCUCAUAACAAAUUAGAGUCAUAAAUCUAUACAUGAAAAUGUGUAUGUAUUUCACUUUUAAAAGGUAAUGAUGA